AAAAUGAUAAUAAAGCAUCAUUCUUGAUUCAAAAAGCAGAGAUCUUGGCAGAACUUGAACUGUUCUCUCUGUUUCCCCAACAACGUAGAUGGAGGCAUUGGUUUCCAGACUACAUCUAUUAUAAGGCACAUGUGGAUGAAGUUCGAAGUAAAAUAAGAGAAAUAAAUGGACUCAAUUGGCAUGGUGUUGAGAAACCAAUUUUACAACCAGAACUUUUAAAACUUAUUG